AGAAACUCUUUAGCUUUGAAAUCCCAUUUGUGAGGAAUAUAGUCACCAUUAUGAGGAGCUACCAUAUUGCCUUCCUCUGGGGGAUCACCUUCCUGACUCUGACCGGAGUUCAAGCAUUCCUGAUCUCCAAAACAGGACGCUGUUCCUGCAUCAAUGUCAGUGAAGCCAAGAUCCAGAGAAGAGCCAUACAGAAUCUUGAAGAGAUUCCUCCAGAUUCUUGGUGUUCACGCCCUGAGAUCAUUGUAACAAUGAAGAAUGGGAAUAAAAAAUGUCUGGACCCAGAUUCCCCACAUGUGAAGAUGUUGGUAAAAAUGUGGAAGAAAAAGGAGGGUGACAAAAAUAAUAAACCAAAAACAGGAAAUAAAAGACGACAAACCAAGAAUGCUAAAAAGAUGAAAAAAGCUAAACAUCCUCCCCCAAGGAAGACUGCAUAGGAGGCCACUUCACCGAAAAAGACGUUCAGGUCCAACCAUUUUAAAGACAAAAAGUUAAGAAAAAUUCUAAGUGUUAAAAAUGUAUCAGAAAAUUCAAUUACUAUUGUAACUAAAAAUAUUAAGCAUGAUGAUGAAAUAUUAAUGAUCUUUGGAUGUUGUUUUUAAAAAUCCAAUUACUUCUUAGUCUAGAGUCUACAAUGUGUAAUGAAGAAAAAGCUAGGGAUUCCUCCUUGUCGAAAAAAUUACCUCUGUAAGCUGAAGAAAGACCACAGUGAAGAGAAUCAAAACACAUUACAGAGCGAAAACAAAAUACAUGUGUUUGCACACACAUGCCUGGCGCACGCACACGCACACACACACACCCUGACACCCACAAAGAUUGUCCUGUGUACACAUGUCAUCUAAGAAGCUGCUGGGAGAAGCAUCCCUGUAUUUGUCUGCCAUACAUCCCACGUUACAGAUAGCUAAAGUGAAGUCCAAUUUAGUCAACUCAGCCCUUGGCUGUCUCCUACUUCCUUUCCCUAGACAUUUUAUUUCAUGUUCAGAGCCUCAAAAUAGAAUCACUGGGGCUUAAUUCAGGCCCAUUUUUUUUUCUCUCCCCCCAAGUUCCGGAGCUGUGUGCUACUGAGUUGCUUUAGCCUGUGGCAGACUAAUUAAAACAAUCUGUCUCACAAAAAAUUA